AUGCAUUUAUUUGCAGGGCUGUCGCCAUUUGUGCGGCACUGGCAGCCGGCGGGGUAUGAGCCGGUAGCGCGGCCCCGGCGGCGCAGGUCCGUGCCGGCGCCCCCGCCAGCCCCCUUACGCCUCUCCUUCACAGCACACAACAGGGAAUUUCGACUACUACUGCAGCCAGACCCGAGCUCUGUUUUUGCGGAGGGCGUGCAGUUUCACUCUUCGGCUGGACCCAUCGACUACAACACAGCACUUGUUUAUUCUGGAAAAUUAGAAGAUGACGAUUCUUCCCACGUGUACGGUGUCAUUACUGCAGAUGGUCUGUUUGACGGAACGAUAUGGACACCUAGCGAAGAAUAUUACGUUGAACCUCUUUCCCGAUACGACAUAGAUCACCCAUCUAUGCACAGUGUUAUCUAUAGAAGAUCAGAUGUAGAUCAUCCUCAUACCAAUAGUGAUACUCCACACUGUGCUUCACAUUUGCUGCACGUUAAAGGCAAACUUGGAUAUAAAGGGGAAUUAUUUAACUUUACUGACCAAGUUGCUGUUAAAGAGGUUCUUUUAAAUAAUAAUAACACAGAAGAUUUACAUAGUGAAAUAAACAGAAGAAAAAAGCGAUGGCUUCCCGAAGACGAAAUGCAGGACGAUGAGCCAAAGAAGAAUCCAGAACUACCUUUAGACUUAGAUGUGCCGUACACGAGUAAUAGUGAUCCGUUUGAUAAGUUAAGUACGAGAAAACCAAAAACUAAAAUCGAUAAAAGUAACCUCAUAACGAAAGUGCGACUCGAUUCGGAAGAAUCUAGACCGAAGCCAAAGACGCAUGUUGAAGUGAUAAAAACGAAGGCUGGUGUUGUAACAGUCAGUAAAGAUGUAGUGAAGAAGGAGCCGGUAGGAUACACUGUUCUCUCCGCGAAUGCUAGCGAUGAUGGACGACAUGUCAAUAAAAGAGCGACCGUAGACCCGAGGAAGACCACUUGCCUAGUCUAUUUGCAGGCUGAUCAUAUGUUUUAUCAAAGAUAUGGAUCUGAAGAAGCGUGUAUAGAAGUCAUGACUCGUCACGUCCAGAAAGUUAAUGCUAUAUAUAAAGUUACAGACUUUAAUCAAGAUGGAAAACCGGAUAACAUAACAUUUAUGAUUAAGAGGAUUAAAGUUCACACGCUAGACGCACUCAAAGACCCCGCCUACAGGUUUCCUAACAAUUAUGGUGUAGAAAAGUAUUUGGAACUUUUUUCAGAGGAAGACUAUGAUGCAUUUUGCCUUGCGUACAUGUUCACAUACCGCGAUUUCGAAAUGGGCACCCUUGGUCUGGCUUGGACUGGAGAUUUGAAGAACGCUGGUGGAGUCUGCGAAAAAAAUGGCCACUACCGGGGCAGUAUGAAGUCGUUGAACACGGGUAUAGUCACGUUGCUGAACUACGGUAAACACGUGCCGCCAGCCGUGUCGCACGUCACGCUCGCGCACGAGAUUGGACACAACUUUGGCUCGCCGCAUGAUCCAGAAAUGUGUACACCUUUUGGCGAAGAUGGCAACUACAUAAUGUUUGCUCGAGCCACAAGUGGCGAUCGCAAGAAUAACAACAAGUUCUCGCCUUGCUCUCUUCGAGCCAUCGACCCUGUCCUGAACAACAAGGCGCGAUCUCCGAAGGGAUGCUUCACUGAACCGCAACCAGCAAUCUGCGGUAACGGUGUGGUGGAGGAAGGCGAGGAGUGCGACUGCGGCUGGGCGUCCGAGUGCACCGACGUGUGCUGCCGCCCGCAGGCCGUGCGUCCGCACUACAAGCCCUGCACGCUCACUGAGCACAGCGUGUGCAGCCCCAGUCAGGGACCAUGUUGCACAGCAUCCUGCACUCUCAAGUUCGGCGACAAGUGCCGCUCGGACAACGGCUGCCGCGACGCCGCGCACUGCGACGGCAAGCGCGCCGCCUGCCCCGCCAGCCGCCACAAGCCUAACCGCACUCGCUGUGAUAAGGAACUCGUCUGCUUUAUGGGAGAGUGUACCGGGUCCAUCUGCCUGGCUUACGGGCUGGAGUCGUGCCAAUGCGCGCCGCGCAAGGACGACGCGCGCUCCGCGUGCGAGCUGUGCUGCCGCAAGCCCGGCGGGCCCUGCGUCUCGUCCUUCCACUGGAACACGGCGCCCUACGACGUGCCCGACAUGUAUGCUAAGCCGGGCACGCCCUGUAACGAUUAUAAUGGAUACUGCGACGUGUUCCAACGCUGCCGCGAGGUGGACCCGUCGGGCCCGCUGGCCACGCUGCGCAAGCUGCUGUUGUCCGACGAGAGCAUCGCCGGCUUCAAGCGCUGGGUGCUGCGCCACUGGUACGCCGUGCUGCUCAUCCUGCUCGCUGUCAUCGCUUUACUGGUGGCUAGCACCCGUUUCUUCGGACGUCACGCCAAGAAAAUCAAAUCAGUUACAAUCAUUCACUCAUCCACCACAGAAACCGUCCGCCUGCCAGAUGCUGCUGACCAGGGCCUUAUAGUUCACACUGCUGUCAGAUCCAAAGUACCCCUAAAAAAGAAAGUGGCUCUCCGGACACGAGCCUAUCGCAUUAAGAAGGAUACAAAACAAGGCGAUAAAGCGUCUCCCUCGCAUAUCUUGAAGAAAAGGAAGCCAAGCAACCAACCAAAGGCAGAUACAGAACAACAUAAAGUGCCAAAAGAAAGUACAGUAGUUGUUACAAAUUCUGAAGGAAAGUCUCCAAAGCACGUCAUACUAUCAAAACAUAAGAAUAAAGUGAAGAAACGCAAGGUUAAAGUUAAGAAAGAAACAAUCGACUAUAGUUCCAUGCAGAAACAUUCCGCCUCCACCCCUCCUAAAGAUACAGAAGCGUUAACUAAAGUACAAAAAUGGCUCCUCAGCUCGCCCCAACCGACAGCUAUUCCGAAAUCUAAGUCAAUUCCUUUGGGUCUAACUGAAAGAACUCACAGGCAAUUAUCAAAGGGUACGAGAAAAACAAGACCGUCCAAGAGUGCGACUAACCUGCUAUCUGGUGAAAAGGCCAGAUUGCAAGUCGUCUUCAAACCUCCAUUUAGAUUCAGUGUUAAAAUUUGUAAAAGUGAUAAAACGAAGGUCGUCCUCGACAAAUCAUCUAAGCCCGACCUGGAUAGAAAGCGUCAAGACAGUUUACCUCAACAAACUUGUCCUGCAGAACUCUCUAAAUCUAAUUCCAAAAUUUUUAAACAUGCCCAUCCUUCUAGAAACGUCGACAAUAAUAGUAUACCUAAAAUCGAAAAUCCAAGUCAAGAAAGCGGUGCUCACGGAUACGAGAAUUUAUUGCCGCGCAGCGCCAGCGAUUGCAAGCUAGGGAAGAAGAUACCCGAUUUGAGAGUCCGAUCGAGCCACAAGAAGAGCAAUUCCGUGGGCCAAAAACGAGAAACGACAGAGAGUCGACAGAAUCUCAUAACUCACGAGGACCUCGAUAAUACUCACGUGUAUGAGAAUCUACUCAUGACACAGGACGCUUUUGUACCGAAAAGUUGUAGUAUGCCGCGACGUCAAACUACUGGUGGCAUCUCGCGUCAGAGCAGCUACGGGCAUCUCCCGCGUGCCCACAUCCGCCCACACCGGCAUAGUACCAACAAUCUGAACAGAUCUAGGAACAGUAGUACCAACGAACCAGAACACUUCUACAACAUAAUAGAAACAUUAAGGCGAGGCAACAUUGGCGCUCACGCAUGCACUACCAACACAACCAGCUCUUCCGGCAGCAGUCGUGAUGGAGUCAGGAGCCAAUCCUCUCGCCAGAACAGUUUAGUGGAAAAGCGCGCACUGUCUAGACAGGCGAGUGAGGAUCUCGGGAAGUGUCCGGGCGAUAGUUUGAAGGGCUUCCAGUUGGUGGUGGGGAAGAAUAAGUUAAAGCGUCAGCUGAGUGAUAACGAGCUGAGUCGCUCCCGGCUACAGCUGGCCAUGCCGAUGUCGGCCGGUGCAGAGCCGAGGCAGCCCUUCUGCUGGAACAAGCGCGCGUCGCUGGACUGCGAGGCGUCGCUGCCGUCGCCGCGCGUCUCCAGACCGCGCUCUAACAAGAAAAGAACCACGUACACUUUCGGCGAACUCAAAAACACCGUCCCGAACUCCACCGACGCGCCCGCCGUCGACGGUAUUCACAUCUCGCCGGAAGACUUCCUCAAGAUAAUCGACAAC